UGACUAUCAUUUGUGUUCUCUUGUAGGUGCUUGUUUUUGGGUCAUAUAACCCUUUGAUAUUUCUUUCGAUUGGUGUGCUAGGGAACACCAAGUUUUCAUUUCUUUUUGUGCAGAAAAAAUGUACGCUCCUGCAUGUGUGAUGUCAAUAUAUAUUGCAGCAGAAGCCCUACCUCCCCAACCCACGCCAGCACUCCCACCCCAACCGCAAGCCCCACAACCACAGCCGGCUCCUCAUCAACCAAGGCAACGGAGGCGUGCUAGGCCACCAAUUUUCCGAACCCGUGUCCUACUUUUUGGGAUGCCAGAUGAUGUGGUGGUGCGUAGAUACCGGCUGCCACCACAUCUAAUCCUAGACACUCUCUCCAUAAUAGAGAGUGAUCUGGAGUCUGAAAUUCGGUAUCCUACAGCAAUACCACCAUUGACACAAUUCCUUGCAGUGUUACAUUUUUUGGCUACAGCCUCAUAUCAGCAUGUUGUGGGAGACCUGGUUGGCAUGUCGCAGGGCCAGUUCAGUAAGGUCCUGCGGCGUGUCUGCCAGGCUUUCCUAAAGCGGGUGAAGCAGUUCAUUGAUAUGCCUUUGGAUGUUGGUGCCCUAGAUGUGGUGAAGCGGCAAUUUGCGGAAGGUGGUAGUCGCUUCCCACAUGUUAUUGGGGUUGUGGAUGGCACACAUGUUGCUAUUCAGCCACCAAGACAUAAUGAAGAAAUUUUUAGAAACAGGAAACUGUUUCAUUCUCUGAAUGUAAUGGUUGUUUGUGGGCCAUCCCUCCAGAUCCUUUCCCUGAAUGCAAAGUUUACUGGAAGUUCCCAUGAUGCAUAUGUCAUUAGACAAUCAGGGAUAUGGCAGAGAUUAAGAUCAAGUCAACGAGCAGACAUGUGGUUAUUGGGAGACCGUGGAUAUCCUUGCACCCCCUGGCUCAUGACUCCUUACCGUAAUCCCAGGCCAGGACCACAGAUGGCAUUUAACUCCGCGCUUACUGCCACUAGGCAGCUGGUGGAGCGCACAAUUGGUGUCCUUAAAGGGCGGUUUCGUGUGCUCCACCGCACUGGUGGCGACAUCAUGUAUUCGCCGGAGAUGGCAAGUAAAAUAGUGGUCCUGUGCGCAAUACUACAUAAUAUCGCGGUAAGGAGUAGUGUAGAGCUUCCUCAGGCAAAGGAAUUGCCUGAUGAGGAGCCAGGGGUUGGUCCACGCUUCGGUGGGGGGAGUGUGACACGGAGGGGGAGCCAAGUGAGGGCAAGAAUUGUUGCAGAAUAUUUCAGCUGAAUGAUCACACGAACUGUGGUGAGUACACAGAUAUGUAUAGUAAUUUUAUCUAAAGUCUGUGUCUCUGUGUGUUGUUUUCUUAAAUUUGUGUUCUAAACAUUUUCGCUUCUGCUAAUGCGAAUUUCCGCUCGUGCCAAAUAACACUCUGCUCUUCACAGCAUUGCAAAGAUCAAUAAAGUUAUUAGAAAUGACAACAUAGAUUUUUGACCAAUCACAUGCUAACAGACACUAUAAAUAUAUGCCCAAAUAAGGAAAACGCCAUUGCCAUGAUGCGUGCAGCACCGUUCACCAGGCGGGAGCUCCGCGUGCUGGUUGCGGUGAUGGACCGCCGCGUAGGCCGCGUUGGGCGCUUCAUCCCCAAUCUGGUGAAGCGCGAGGCCUACGCGGAGGUCCGCCGCCUGCUGCGGACUCGCGUCCGCAGCAGGCGGACAAUCAUCCAGCUAGAAAGGAGGUGGAGUGAUCUCCGUAGGAGGACUCCAGAUUUGUUGGCGGAGAUCCGCCAGCAAAUUCGGGCUCUGCAUACACGAAGUAAGUUACCUUACAUAAUGUUUUGGGUCAAAAUUGUGCUAAUGGGUGAUUUACCAAGUUUAGGGCUUCCGGAAUUUAUGGUUCAAUUGUUCAAUACAAUGUGCACUGCAGGGGAAGCAUAUGUAACAUGUGCAGAGAGAGUAAUUUUUGGGUGUGGUAUGUUAAAUCUGCAUAUAAAUUUGCAUUGUUAAAAUAAAGCAGCAUGUAUUUACCCUGCCCAUAAUUACACAAACCAACAAAAUCUAACUCUCUCUGCACAUGUUAUAUCUGCCACCCCUGCAGUGCACAUGCUUUUGGCCAAUUGCAAACGAAAUUCCUGCUGUAAUCCCCUUGGAAUUUCAAUCAUUUUACAGUAAAUGGUAGGCUAAUUGCAACCUGCUGUGUCCUUUUUUGGAAAUUAUGACACUGUGUGUGGUUAGGGAAAACAGUACUGACUGUAGCAAAGUAACACCAAACAAGUGCAUGUUUCAAACAAAUAAGAAGCAGGCAGGAAAAAGAACCAAAAAACUUGAUCAGUGCUGGCUAUAUAAUAAGGUUCCUGGAAUAGUAAUCUGGUGAUGUUGCCUAGACCAAUCACUAUGACUCAAUUGACUAGAUGAAGGAAUGAGCUUCAAAGUAAAAAUUUGGACUCAUUUUGUUUGCUGUGGCCAACAUGAAGAGGAUCUUAACAUGUUUGCUUUGCUAUUACAAAAAAAAAAGCAUUUAACAUUGAACAGAACAUUGAGAAAAGAAAUUGAUUAC